GAGCCAUAAACUCUCCAGUACUAAAAACUAUUUGUUUAAUUACUCUGGCAAUACCGCGCCACAAGAAUAGCUAAAACAAAGAAAAAUGAAAAAAGGCUCGAGAAUUUUCCUCGCCAUGUACCUAACCUAAGUUUUAAUGAGAAAAAGGUACAGUCGGAUGGCGGCAGUUUAAAAAUUAAGAUAUUCAUACCUAUGUAAGUUAUUUUUUAUAAUUUCCCUUUUUCAUUAAUUUCAAAAUUGUAACUUUUAGAAAAUAAAAAAAAAUUGAAUUAUUUUGGACAAACACGGUUUUUGUUUUGGAAGAAAUUUGGUUAAUUUUGCACCAGAGUCUGCGCGCCGACAUAUUUUUAUUUUAUAGUUGGUGCUAAUUAAAAUUGCACCACGAAGACUCCAAUUAUGUUAACCGACAUGGAACACAGCUGUGCUUCAACGAAGUGUGAUUUGCCCGAUGACGAUGAGAUGGUUUCGUGUGAAACAUGCCGAAGGUGGUGGCAUUACAAAUGUGCGGAUUUUAACCCUACUUUAUUUGACACUGAUACUCCUUGGUUUUGUCGUAGAGAUGAUUGCGAUGAAAUUGGAAGUCAAAGUAAGGAAGAGAAUACACACACUGCAGGUGCCGCGGCAAGUAAUACUCAAAAUGAUGUUUUAGCUGCUGUGGAUGGAUUGAUUGAGGCGGCUAGGGUGGCCCAAACGAUCGUUGACAUGAGAGACCAGGAAAUCGCUUCUCUGAAAGCAGAAAUGGACACGCUGAAAGCGCAGUUGGUUGCAACAUCAUCAGUUGCAAGGCAAGAAGCGAGUUCUGUUCACUCUGCAGAUUUGAAAAAGCUUGCUAGUGAGAGGCUCGAAGCGAUUCGACAAAUUGAUUGCAGACACAAGCAAAUGGUAGGUCCUGCUGCUGCACACUCAACUCCUCUGUCGGGGCAGAAAGAUUGCAAUGUUAAAUUGCAAGAUGCGUCAAAAGACAGUUCGUGCCAUCAGUCAGAUAUGGCAAAUUUAUUGACGAUCUUGAAUCGCAGUCAAGUCCAGGAGUUGCCCUCUUUUUCGGGGCAGGAUAGUAAAGAAUGGCCGUAUUUUGAAUCGGUAUUCAUAUCAACAACAGUUGAAGGCAACUACAGUGCCAAAGAAAAUGUUGCUCGUCUAAGAAAGGCACUAAAAGGCGAAGCUUACAAUCUGGUGAGCGAUCGUCUAAGGUAUUCUACUGAUGCAAACGCCGUGAUGGACUCAUUACGUGCGAUUUAUGGGAGAGCAGAUGUUUUAGUGCACAGUCUCACUACGAAUCUGCUUAAGUUGCCGUCGUUGAGCUCACCGAGUGAUACAAAACUGCGUCAAUGGGCUGUGGUUCUGAAUGGAUUUGUUGCGGACAUCAAGUCGAUGGAUUUAAGUAAGGAACUAGACAACAAUUAUAUUCUGACAGAUCUAGCAAGUAGGUUGUCUCCUGGACAAUACCACGACUGGCAAAAACGAAAAUCCAAGAAGACGCACUCGAAUUUAGAAGAUUUCGCAGUUUUUCUCACUGAGAAACUAUACGACCUGCCACCAGAGUUAUCCAAAGCAACAAAGCAGUUAUCGUUAGACAAAGCAAGCGGCUCCAGUUCAUCACGGAAGGUCCUAACUCACCAACCAGUUAUACAGAGUGAAGAAAAAUGUGUUAAAUGUGAAAAAGCCAAACACACUUUAAGUGAAUGUGAAGAAUUUAAAGCUUUGUCUUUAGACGAUAGGUUCACAUUUGCUAAGAGCAAGGGUAUUUGCUUUAGAUGCUUAAAGUUAUCACCACAUAGAUGGAAAAACUGUUCACAAAAGAAGUUGUGUGGUAUCGAGGGCUGCUCGAAAAAUCACCAUCCGUUACUUCAUCCGUCAACAACGAAGCCAACCUUGAAUUCAUCGGCACAUCCUUUCGUUCCACCGUCGCAAAUUCAUUCGUCACAUCUAGAACCUAAAGCUCCAGUUAUGUUCAAAGUUGUUCCCGUUCGUUUAUUUGGGAACAAUAAUAAAUCUUUAGACACAUUUGCCUUUUUGGACGAUGGCUCAUCCAUUACGAUGGUGGAAAAAGAUGUUUUUGAUCUUUUGGACUUGAGAGGUGAACCAGAGCAGCUUACACUCCAGUGGACAAAGGGCGUUUCCAGAACUGAGGACUCUUUGCGUACAAAUUUACAUGUUUCUGGCAUAAAUAAACGUAAACGACAUUUGCUAAGGGACAUUUAUUCAGUGAAGAAUCUGGAACUGCCACACCAGAGUGUUGACGUUGCCGCUUUAAAGCAAAAGUUCUUGCAUCUAAGAGAUUUGCCGUUACCGAAUCUAAAUGAUGCAAGGCCGAAAAUAUUACUUGGGUUAGAUCAAGCUAAGCUUCUUGUGGGCAGCCGUCAGCGAUCUGGUAAAGAUGAUGAACCACAUGCGAUGAAGACUCUCCUAGGUUGGACCGUCUUUGGUACAACAAAGAUGGAAUCCAGCGUAUCUUGUAUUGGCCCUUCAAGAAUAGCUUCGAUUUCUUACUUUCAUGGAAUUAGCAAGCAAGAUGAAGAACUUCAUGAUAUAGUAAAACGUCAUUUCUCAACCGAGGAGUUUGGGGUUCGGCCUCCUAGCGGAAAUUUUGUUAGCCAACUUGACGCUCGGGCAUUAGAGGUGAUGAAGCGAACCCUGCGCUAUGUUGACGAUCACUACGAGAUUGGUUUGCUAUGGUCUUCCGAUGACGUUAAACUUCCUGAUAGCUACCCCAUGGCUGAAAAAAGACUUAUUAGUUUUGAGAAGUCUUUGUUGAAGAGACCUGAGCUGUUGAAGUGGAUGAACCAAUACAUAAAAGAUUUAUUAUCCAAAGGUUACGCUAGGAUAGUUUCAGAUGAAGAGCUGUGUCAAGAGCAUCCAAGAGUUUGGUAUACACCUACAUUUGUGGUUGUGAAUCAGAAUAAACAUCCACCGAAGCCAAGAGUUGUUGCUGACGUCGCUGCGAAGGUGAAUGGAGUUUCAUUGAACUCGCAUUUAUUGAAGGGUCCAGACAACUUGGUACCUCUCCACGCUGGGCUGUUCAAAUUUCGCGAACGAAAAGUUGCUGUAAAUGCGGAUGUUCGAGAGAUGUUCCACCGCAUUAAGAUUUGUGAAGCGGACCAGCAUUGUCAGAGGUUUCUUUGGCGAGAUGGCGAUGUUUCUAGAAGGCCAGCAGUCUACAUUAUGCAGGUCAUGAUGUUUGGACCUUCCUGCUCUCCCACAUCUGCACAAUUUGUGAAAAAUCAUCAUGCGAACCUCUAUAAGCAGCAGUGUCCGAAGGCAGUUGAUGGGCUUGUUAACCGAACGUAUGUUGACGACUACUUUAAUAGUCACGACACGGUUGAAGAAGCUGUUGCUGUUAGCAAAGAUGCCAUUGAAAUCUGUAAGGCAAUGAACUUCGAGCUGGUGGGAUUUCAAUCGAAUAGUCGUGCGUUUUUGGACCAGAUUCCUGAAUCGAAUAUCAAAGCGAGCCUGGUGAGUAUCGAUCCUAAUGAGUCCGAGAGUUACGUCACAAAGAUUUUGGGAAUGUUAUGGCAGCCUUCCUCUGAUUAUCUGAUUUAUAAGCUCUACGAUGAAGAGUUUUUAAAGAAGAUGUCGGAUUCAAAUGCUAAUAUAUCCAAACGAGAAAUAUUAAGAACGAUUAUGAGAAUUUUCGACCCCCUUGGUCUUAUUUCCUGUAUCAUCAUCAGAGGGCGAUAUAUUUUGCAAGAGAUCUGGCGCGAAGGCUUCAAUUGGGACGAGCAGAUAUCCUGUGUGUUGCGACAGCAGUGGCUGAAUUUCAUAAGAAUCUUGCGACAAAUAGAGGAAAUCAAGAUUCCUCGUGCGUAUACUACAUUGAAACCGGGUUACUCAAGGAUCAGUUUGGUCGUUUUUGUGGAUGCUUCGGAGAAGGCAUUUGCUGCUGUAUCAUAUUGGCGCUUCGAGCAUAAUGCAGCAGUCGAAGUGGCAAUUGCCAUGGCUAAGGCUAAGGUUGCUCCGGUAAAAAGACUGUCAGUACCUCGCUUAGAGUUACAGGCGGCUGUGCUUGGGGUGCGGAUUGCGGAAAUUUCUUCCACCUUCAAAUUCCCAAGCUUCGUUGCUGUUCGUGUUGGAGAAAUUUUAGAAACUACUAAUCCGCAUCAGUGGUGGUUCGUAAGAUCUGCGGAUAAUGUUGCGGAUGACGGAACCAGAUGGUGCGACAAUGCAGAAAGCUCUAAUAACUCGAGAUGGUUUGCAGGACCCGAAUUUUUGAAGCUUCCCCAAGUUGAUUGGCCAGUUACCCCAGGGAAAGUUAUCGCUAAUGCAAAUAAGGUAAGCACAAUUGAUUUAUCUAAAUUCUCAGUAAAUUUGCAUAGACAUCAACCAAUAUCAUUUAAAAUAUUUGAUGAGUUAAAACCAAGAUUUCGAGCUAGAUGGUUUUCGGCAGUCAGAGUAAUGGCACUAUUACUUCGUUUUAAAGACUUGUUGAGUAAAAAGGGAAUUGAAACAGAGCCUUUCGCAACACCUUCAGAAAUUGUAAGAGCUCAGGACUGGUUAUUUCGGAAAAUCCAGCAAGAUGCCUUUUCGGAUGAAAUUACUUGUCUGCAAGCUAAUCGAAGUUUAGGGACCACGAGUACCUUAUUGAAUCUGUGUCCGUUCAUCGAUGAUGAGGCACGGAAUCCUGCCAUAUUGCCGAAACACCAUCCGCUAGUGGAGUUAUUAGUUCAGCACCACCAUGAAGCUAACAAUCACGUUGCAACGGCCACGACGAUUUCAGACAUCAGGGAAAGAGCUUGGGUUAUAAGCAUUCGUUCGAUAGUGGCACGAGUCCAAUCAAAGUGUUUUAUGUGCAAAAGACUCAAGGCUAAGGCAGUAACACCAUUUAUGGGUCAAUUGCCUGAAGGUCGGUUAGCCUUUGAGUUGAGACCUUUUACCCAUGUAGGGGUAGACUGUUUCGGUCCCAUGCAUGUUAAAUAUGGAAGAGGCACAGUUAAACGAUUUGGGAUGAUUUUUACUUGUUUGAGUUUCCGUGCCGUCCACAUUGAGGUGCUCAAUGAUCUCUCUAUGGACCAGUGUUAUAUGGCUGUUCGUCGAUUUCUCAUCAUUCGUGUAGUCACCAAAUUCAUCUAUAGCGAUAAUGGCCUUAACUUAAUCGGCACAAAGAACCGCCUAGAUAAAGAUGUAAAGGAGAUGGAGGCUGCUCUCGGUGAGUACUGCGCCAAGUACGAGGGGAUACUUUGGCGUUUCAUACCUGCAUAUUCACCUUGGAUGGGUGGAGCAUGGGAGCGCCUUAUUAAAUCCAUUAAAUCCAGCAUAGAAUUUACCUUAAGGGGAGUGACACCUCGAGAAGAUGUUCUUUUAAACGCGCUAUAUGAGGCACAGGGGCAGAUUAAUAGGAGGCCGCUAACUCAUAUACCCGUCGACCCGGAGGAUCCUCGACCACUUACACCAAACUCUAUACUUUUUGGAGAUGCCGAUCGGAAUUUAACCGCACCUGGAGUGUUUACUGGCAAAGAUCAAUGGAGUAAGCUGUAUAGCCGUCGAGCGCAACACCUAAUGAGAGAAUUAACAAGGCGUUGGUACACAGAGUAUCUUCCUGAGCUGACGAGGCGUUCAAAAUGGUACACAAAAACAAAGCCAGUAGAGAUUGGAAGCAUUGUUCUUGUUAUUGAGCCGGGGGAAGUUCGAUCUGCUUGGAGGCUUGGCAGAGUGACAAACGUUUUUCCUGGUCCUGAUGGAGUUGUGCGGAUAGCUGAUGUUCGUCUGCCAAAUGGAAACAUUUUGGUGAAGAGGUCGGUUGGGAGGCUCGCUGUCUUGGAUCUGGAGUCUUCAGAUAGAGCUUUAGACGGGCCCCGGGAUGUCAUCGAGCCAUAA